AUGUCCCAAAAAACACCAUCGUCAACUGCAUCGGACUCCAACACGCCUGGCGAUAUCUAUGAGCUCCAGGGCCGCCCCGACGCCAUCGCCGAGGCCGAAUACUUCCUGAGUGUCCCGUGGUGCCGUGCCCACCUCAAGCCUGCCGAAGGCCGCCCAAAAGGAAGUGCUGCGACCAAGGAGAUCCGUAUCGUGCAGCCAGGCUCACGUCGCCGUGUCAAGCCUGCCCUCAACGCCGACGGCUCCUUUACAAGCAGCACCAAGACAAUUGACAAUGCCUUUUCCACAACAUUACACACACGUGACACGAUUGGCGCCUUUAUCAUCUUUUAUGAAGAGCCAUCCAUACCGGCGUCGGCUGGCGUCAGCCCCGGGUACCGGCCGCCCAUUCUCGAGCUCAAAGCCCUGAUGAGCAUUGGCCCAGGUAUCAACGGCCACAUUGGCGUGGCGCACGGCGGCAUCGUGGCCACCAUCCUUGACGAGGUGCUAGGCCUACUGAUGCCGCUGAACCUGGCGCGCGACAGACACAAUAAGCGCAUCGGCGCCACGGCGCCGCCACUGCCCGCAUCGACCGACCCCAACGGCCCCGAAGCAGCCGCCGUGUCGUCAGCUACCGUCACCAGUGGCUUCGUCACAGGCUAUCUAAACAUCACGUACUCGCGUCCUGUCCGCACUCCGGCGGACAUUUUAGUGACGGCGCGGUUCGUCCGCAAGGAAGGGACACGCAAGUACUUUCUCGAGGGCUCCAUAUGGGACGGCAAGUCUCAGUUGCUGGCCAAGGCGGACCUUUUGUUCAUUGCACUGAAGGAAAGACUAUAA